CGAUAUUUCAUCUAAGCGCGCCGUUGUUUGUGACUUUGUUUGUGUCAAUAUGCUGUGUUAGCUGUGGGCUAGCUCGUCAUAGGUCGGGAAGACAGAAUGGCAAGAAAUGAAGAGAAGCAGCAAGGUAGACUGAACAGGCUGUGGCUUCAGAAAGAGAGGGAAGAGGGACGCAUCAGAGACGUGCAGGAGCAGAGACCCAAGUUGUCUACUCUCACUUCAGCCGCUUCAGUUAAAAAGUGGAUCCCCAGCAUCAAAAAUGACAUAGAGUACUAUUUACAACAGUCCCAGCUGUCUCAUUAUCCAGAGAGAAAAAUAGCUGAAUUUCAGCAGAACAUUGAGGCUCUGGAGAAGGAGUACAAAAAAUUCAUCACCAAACUACGGGUUUUUGACCCUUCUUGUAAGCACAAGCCGUGGACUGCACGACCGUACAGCAAAAGAAGAACAGAGACCGUGGGCUCUGAGAAACCAGCGAAAGAUCCACGGCACUCUAAGUCACAGGACAAUCACAGUGAGAGCUCUGACACUCCUACAACACCUCCACGUCUCGUCCACAGUAACCUUACGUCACAGUGUCCAGAAUCAGAAUGUCCGGAUCAAGACCAGCCACUCUCCUUUGACAAAACGCGCCUGGCAAUAGCCACUGCAGGGGUCAGACAUCUGUCACAUCAGGUCGGCUCCUGUCAAGAACAGAGUCUGGCCCGGAUGCUGCAGACGAGUCUGCCAAAUCUCACAAAUUCUCUUGUGGAUCACCGUUGUUCAUCAGGCAACAGCCGUACACAAAAGAGUGGCAGGACUGUGUUGAGUUUGGAAUCUGGACAUAAACGUGCCAUUCCCACGUGUAGUUCGGGCUGUGAAGCAACAGAGAGGACUACUGAGAGAUCUUUGAACAGUAGCCCAACCAGGGGGAGGACUGGUCACGUCCUGGGUUUGGAUUGUUACUCCUCUUCUGAUGAGGAGGAUACAUGAGGGCUAAUAUUUUUUAAAGAUUAAAUCUUUUAUUUUUCAAUGCUGGUUAGUCAUUUGUUCAAAACCCCUGUGUCUUGUUCUUGCCGCAGUUUGAAACAGCUGCAGUGCGAGCAGCCAUAGUAAAAUAAAUAUUUAUUACGUUAUUGAGUGCAUCAAUAGGAAAAUGUAUUUCAGCACUUUUUUUUCUUCUAAUUUUAAAAUCAAAUUGCAAGUUCCUGCAAUUAUCAACAUGGCGAUUUACAUUUCAAAUGCGCGAGUUUCGUUUUCAAAUUAAACCCAGGUUCUAAACUCCAGCUGUGUAAAAACCCAGUUGUCAUUAUGACCACAGCUGCAUCAGAAGAGAAGCAGGGUGUGUGAAAAAGUGAGUAGUUGGUGGAGAUAUCUGCUGAUUCAGUGAUUCAUUUGAGUCUCCUUGUCAGUUGAUUAACUGGAGCAGCAUCUCUAAGCGUUAUCUGGUUAGACCCCAAACACCAGCCUCCCACCUAACCCACUCUGUGGUGCUGCUACUGCUGCUACUGCUGCAAGGACCGCUUUCAGCAUGACAGUUCUGGGAAACAGACAAAUGCGCUUCUAGAAAGCAGACACUGUGAACUUUAUGGUUAGGUCUGACGUAAUUACCCCUCUACAUUUGUUUCGAACUGCAUUGUGGAUUUUCCUUCCUUGACCUGCAGAACAAGUCGGACAUCGCUUUUACCUGACAACUUCUUUUUGAGUUGCCAAAAUAGAAACCAAAACUUAUGGCGAAUUAACAUGACCUUCAAACAUUUACAAAAAAAGCAGUAGUAGAAUGGAUGGAGUGGAAUAAAAAAAAUAAAAAAUAUUUUCUGAAAAUGUUUUCCCCAGGUUUGGUUUUAACCGCAGUGAUCAUUCAGCCCCACAGCUUUAUAUUUUUAGAGAGACACCAGGGAUGUCAAUAAGACCACAGUGGUACAAACUCCCAACUGUGGGGUGGAAAGUGGUGUGUGUGUGUGAAUGAUGAGCUUUCCUGUAAGCUCAUGUCUGGGGUAUGGGUUGGGGUUAAUUCUCAUCUCUGUAGAGUUAUGUCUCUCUGCUGUUGCUACCAGCUUAUGAUGUGGCAGAAACAUCUUUCCUGUACAGGCACACUGACUUCAGCUGAAAGUGCUAUAAACUCACCCACGUGAAAUGCAUUUAAUUAAAACGUCGGUUGUAACUUGGCAAAUAAUCCGAAGGAAGUAUUUAUUAACAUUUACAAAUGCA